AACUCCCCUCCCACCACCGCAUUUCGACAAUAGACCCCCCCCCCAAAAAAAAAAAUAAAAUAAGGAGAAAAUUCAUUUUGUCACUGGUCCCACGUCUCCAUCCCCCUCUCACUCGCUCUCUCUCUCUCUCGCGAGAUUUUUAUCAUUGCUCUUUCACCUCCUCUUCUGGAAGCGGUGUUGUCCCCUUCCGCGCACCAUCGCCUGGAGGAUUUUAGUAGUUGAGGUGCCAAACCACCGGCAGUGACCGGCAAACCUAAUCGGCAUCAUCUCCAACGAAUUCACUCGUGCGUUUUAAUAUCUUAUCGCUCAUCCUCUGCAUCUCAUCGGUUGUGUAAUUUCUAGUGGAUAAUUUUUAUUUUCAUUUUGUCAGUGAAUUUGUUGUCAUUUAUUUUUAUUUUUUUAAUAUUAAGGCAAUUGUGAUGCUAUCCAACUAAUUGGGAUUAAACUCGAGUGGUUGUGGGAUCCGAUAGCGGCGACAAUUGUUGAAUAAUUGUUAUUAAAAACGCCAGGAACAGUGAUAGGGUGUUUGGGAGCCGGCGGUAACGCUGGCGGUGGUGGUGGCAUUUGUGAUAGUGAUAAAAAUAGUGGAGAGGAUCCACUGCGGUUUAAUACCAAUGCCACGGUAGAAUCCCCUGGGGUCCAGGUUGACGUGGACGAGGUCAAGAUGGAAGUACCUGAGGAUCAUCUCGCGAGGGAGUAUGUCCAGGAGUUUGUUCUUGAUCAUCUCGAUCCGGCCGAUGUGAAACGCGAGGUGCGAAUAGGAUCGCCAGCAGUGAUGGUAAAUGGAAAUAUAGUUAGUCAAAUGCAUCAGGGUAUGGCACUGGCACCGCUGACACCACCAGCUCAUGAAUUGGAGCAGCCCCAUCCCCUGUAUGGCCAGCCGCACAUUCAGGUGCAGCACGGGGUGCUGGUUAAAGCCCCAUCCGGUAUAUCAACCCACUUGACGACUCUAUCUCACCCGGGUACACCACCUGAUACACCACCAGUGUCGGCAUCACCUCCACCCCUUCAGCUGCAUCAUCGCAAUGAUCGCGAUUUGCGGGAUAAGGGUGGACUGCUGCUGCAAUUGCACCAGCAGCAGCCGUUAAUUGGUCAGGAUGAGAUGCAAAUUGGCACUGGGGGUAUGGGAUGGUUGACGCAGUCAUUGAGACAGGAACCACUUGAUUUGAGACCACAUUGCCCUCAGGAGCAAACACCUGAGCCGCCGCAUGAGGCAUGGUCUAGUCAUCCGCAGUUUCAAGAGCAGAUACAGCAUUUGCCGAGGCAUCUCAGGCAUGGCGGUGGUUAUAUAUCGAUGUCGGGGCAUCUCGAGUGUUAUGGACCCAAUGGCGAUCACAAUAACGGAAUGCUUCCAACGAGCAAUGGUGUCUCCUCCAGCAUGGACGAUCCCCAAGUUCGUUUCCAGGUUGCAAGACCCAUAAGUGUUUGCUCAGUAGGUUCAAUGGGUGGCAGUGGACCGAGUCCCGAUCAUCCUGCUCAUCGAACUGGCAACAGCCUCUACUCCAACUGCAAUGGCAGCAAUCCCCAGGACGAGCUCAUGGACGACGAGGUGUUGAUGUCCCUGUCGGUGCGAGAGCUCAAUAAGCGUCUCCACGGCUGCCCCAGGGAGGAGAUCGUGCGACUGAAGCAGAAGCGACGGACCCUGAAAAAUCGCGGCUACGCGCAGAAUUGUCGGAGCAAAAGACUCCAGCAGCGUCACGACCUGGAGACAACCAACAGGACAUUGAGCGCUGAAUUGCAACAAUUGCGAUUGAAUAAUGCGCAAUUGGUGCAGGAGAGGGAUAUGUACAAGCAACGGUACGAGAUGAUGAGGGCGAGGCAAAAUCAGCAACACAAUCAGAAUCAUCACUCGGCGCAACCAUCGCCACAGCAUAAUCAGGCCUCGAAUCAGCGCUCCCAUCAGGCCGCACCGAUGGCUCCACAACCACAACCCCCUGCACCAGCACCAGCUAGUCCUGAGGUCUACCUGUGACACAGACAGCGCCGAAGCGGCGCUUGUUGGACGUGAAACUCAAUCAUAAUUAUGUGAAUCAGUGAGUGAAGUGAUGAUUCCACAACAUUUUAAUCAUUUCACCCGUCAGAUCAUCUCAUUUUUCUGAUUACCAAUCUUUUAUUACUUCACUCUUCUGGCAAUGGUUUUUAUUUAUUGGUAGGGUAACGAGGAAUUUAUCAUUGGCGACAAAUCGUGCAAAUACAUCUUUAGAUGAAUUUAAAUCUUUUAGCAUUUUGUGCAAUUCACAUGUGCAAUCUAGAGAAUUAUCAUUUUUUCAAAUGAUUUUUAAUAUUAUUUUCCUUUUUUUGUUUAAUUCUGGUUUAAAUAUUUUUGG